AUGAACAUCUUUUCCCAACUCUUUCUUCUUCUAAUCCUUCUUCUCAUCAACCACUCUGUCUGUCAAUGGUAUGGAGGUGGUUUGGACAACUACCCAAUGUUUUUCGGUCACCAAACUGGCAAUUCCUAUGGUAACAGUUAUUUGGGAAAUGGACUCGGAGGUGUCUAUCUGUUCUGUAAUGGGAUUGGAUGUCCUGGAAGGGGAUGA